AUGAACACCAGCAUCACUGCAACUGCUGCUGUUGAUCCCCAUCAGCAGAAUCUUGGUUUACAGGGUGAAAUGCUGUUGUCUGCUGCUGCAGUGAAUAAUAAGCCAGAGAAAAGGGCCAAGUGUUGUGAAGAUGGGGUGGAAAAGUGUCCACCUUGUUUUGAUUCCUCAGACAUUGAGGUCCCCAUUUACAUUUGCUUGGCCUUGUUGCUUUGGGCUGCAACUGUCCUGCUUUUCUUCAAGCGCUGGAAGAAGCUCAGGGUGCUGGAGCCUUAUCAGCCACAGUUUUAUGAAGCUCAGCAUGAUCCCGUUUGCCCAAUGGUCAAUCAAGUUGGGUUUGGAGCUUGUGCAUCAGAAACUGGAGCAACUCUUGGCCAAGUCAAAGUGGUGUCCUCCAAUUGCUCCCUGAACCAAAACUGGGACAGUGCUAGCAGAUGGACACCUGGACCAAGUGCAUUUCAGACUUUACCUUCCCUGUCUUCUGAGGGUUCCCCUGAACUGGAAUCUGAUGAUGCUGAAGGAGACAAUAAACCAUCAAAUGCUGUCUGUGUGCAAGUGGAACCAAGUUCACCCCUGGACCCCAGCACUGAGGAACCUUCAUUUGAUUGUGGCCCAUCUGGAAAAAUGUCUGCAUGUCCUAGCAUCAAAGGGAGUAAUAAUAAUAAGAAGAGCCUAGCUGCUGUUGUGGAUGAAGUUGUGCUUUACCCUAAGCACUCCAGGAGUACAUCCAUUUACAGACUCAAUGUCAACAGGCCAAACCCUCCAUGUUGCAGAAGAGAGACUGUCCAGAGCCCAAGGAUCAUUGCUUUGGAAAAUCAGGGGAGACUCAGGACUGGUUCCAGGGUCAGUUUGAUGAACCACCCUUUGAUGAUGAGGAGGCAAAGGUGCACUUCCACAGUUUCACAGAGCUCUGGAGGAUUUUCUACACCAGGCAGAAGAUCAUCUGUUCAAUAUGCUCCUCUGCUGAGCAAGCUUCUCCUCCAGCAGCAGCAGGGUCAAUUUCAACAAGAAUUCCCUGCUGAAGAAAAUUGCAGGAAACUUGGAACUUAUUGUGGUGUGACUGCUGCUGGUGAAGGGAAUUUUGAGGACAUUGAAUUGGAAAUGAGCAGUCCCACAAUGGUGGCUGCGAGUUCUUCAGAUGACUGCGAUCAUACAGAUCUAAUCCGGACGCAUGAUCUUACGAAGAUCGAUAAGCUUGGUGAUGCGGAAGAGGAAUUGAAGAAGCGCUUUUUUGCCGGGGAGAUUUACACCUGGGUUGGACCGGCAUUGCUCGCCAUCAAUCCACUUGGUCUUGGCGAGAAUUUCUUCCCUCCGCGAUAUUCCAAGGACUGUUCUAAGAAUCCUCACGUUCGAGUAAUAGCUGAUAAGGCAUGGGAUCAACUAUGUUCCUCCGGUUCGAAUCAAAUCCUAGUCGUCAGUGGAGAAAGCGGAUCCGGAAAAACCGUUUCUGGGAACCUGAUCCUCGAACGCCUCUUGAGCAAAUUCCAGUCGAGCUUAGUGAAAUCCCUGCGAAGUAUUGAACCCUUGCUAGAGGCCUUUGGCAACGCCAAAACACAACACAAUGACAACAGUAGUCGGUUCGGAAAGCUGGUUUCCCUUGAUUGCUCCAAACGUGAUCGCAGCCUUAUCGGAGCUACUCUUUCUACCUUCAUGUUGGAGAAGACUCGUGUCUCUUCGAAACCGUUUCAUUCUGAGAGAAACUUCCACAUUUUCUACCAAUUGGUGCUUGGUCUUGACGAAGAUGUCAAGAAGUCUCUAGGACUCUUCAGUCGGACGUGGUGCAUUCUAGGCCGUUCAGAACAUUCUCAACUCGCAGCAGAUUUACUGGGUCUGACGCAUAGUGAAUUAAUGUCGGCGCUUAGCUCUGAGAAGAUGUUCGUCGGUGGACGUGUAGUGAAAAGUAAUGCGAAAAGUGUGAGUCGAAGGACGAUGGUGGAAAGAACCGUGGAUAGUGGUGAACAGCGAGAAGCGAGACGAGAUACUCUGAUGAGACUGUUGUAUGAAUCCGUGUUUCUUUGGCUUCGGAACACUUUUAAUCGUGGACUGGAAAGAGCUGAAGAUGUCGACAAAAUCGGUAUUCUAGACGUUUAUGGAUUCGAGUGUUUCCAAGAAAACAGUCUUGAACAGCUGUGUAUCAACUAUGCCAACGAACGGAUUCAACAGUGUUACGUGACUUCUUUCUUGAAAUCUUGGAAGGAAGAACUUUUUCUGGAGCUUGGAGUUAGUGAUUCCAUUCAAACGCAUGUUGACUUGGUGGACAAUAGCCCGAUUGUAGCUGAGCUGGACGGAAAGUUGUCAUUGUUCGGCCUUAUUAAUGAAGAAUGCCGACUGAAAUCUUCGUUGGGAGAUGAGUCAAUCGUCAAGCGCCUAGAGCCGGCAUCUCUGAAGAAAAUCCUGGUGUCCCGAACGAACAGGAAUCUGAAGUCUUCCUUUGUGAUCAAGCAUUAUGCUCGUCAAGUUGAUUAUUCUGUGACUGGUAUGAUUGCUAAAAACAAGGACUGUGUCCCUGUCGAGUUCGCGGAUCUUUUGUCGAGCUCGACGUCGGAUUUCAUCGUGAACAAGUUGGGGAAAAUCUGGGGCAGCGCUUGUGAAGCUGAGCGAUUCGAAGUCAGUGCUUACAAGAAAUCCCGGAAGCUCACGAUUCUUACCAAGUUUAAGAAUUCGUUGGAUGACUUGAUGAAGCUGUUGAAGACGAGUGAGCUGCAUUUUGUACGUUGUGUGAAGCCGUCAGUGGCGAAUUCUGUUCAGCUGUGGAAUCCCGAGACCAUCAGUCGACAACUUUCUGCUCUUGGAAUCACUGCAACUUUGGAACUUGCCCGUGCCGGACUUCCGAAUCGUUUCAGUUUCCCCGUUUUCCUCGCAAAAUAUUCCUUUCUCGCGUCUGAAGAUCUUCGACUGUCGUUGAAAACCGUGCUGGGAGAAGAGGAUAGUCACAACCUUCAGCUUCUGAUGAGCAAGUUUCUGUCUGAGAUUUUUAUGGAAUCCGGUUUCAAAGUCGGAAUUUCGAGGGUGUUUCUGAGCGACGAGGCUGUGGAGGUGCUUGAGAAAUUGGUUGCUGUGAGAAGGAAAGCUGCAGAAAGAGUCAUUAGGAGGGGCUUAUUGAACUGGAAGCAAAAACGAUGUCUUGCGCAGGCUGAAGUCCACGAUGUGAAGGAAGAAGUGGUGGGAAGAAGUGUUUUUGGUGCGCUUUUAAGCAGAACAAAGGAGCUUUGGAGUCGUUUAUUUUCUGCGGAAGAAGCUUCUGAGGACCUCGUUUAUCCCCUGGAAUGUGACUGGUCUCAGUUCUACACGGACACUUCAGUUCCCAUGUCCACGGAAAAGAUCAUCAAUGGAAAACGAGUUGAAUGUCCUGUUUUUGCUUCACCCGGAAUUUUAUCCAUCAGGAGACCUCAAGGGGAAGAAAGAAGUUUUCGUGCCGUCGGAACAAAAUUGCACAUUGCUCAUGCCAUUCCUUGGUAUGCCAGGCCCAAAGGGUUGUUGGAUUGCCUGGAAACUCGAUAA